AUGGGAAGCGGUGGUGAGAAAGGGAGGGAGAGAAGAGCUGCGGAGAGAGAGACACACCUAGAUGAAUUGGAUCAACUUCUGAAGGCAAUUGCUCAAGUCAAAGAGUUGACUUCAUGCACAAAAGACUACUUAGUCUCAUUUGGGAAGUGCAUGUCAACAAGAAUUUUUGCUGCAUAUUUAAAUAAAAUUGGUGUUAAAGCUCGCCAGUAUGAUGCAUUUGAUAUUGGUUUCAUAACAACAGAUGACUUCACAAAUGCAGAUAUUCUGGAAGCAACUUAUCCAGCUGUUGCGAAGAGGUUACACAGCGAUUGGAUUAGUGAUCUUGUAAUUCCUAUUGUUAUUGGCUACCUUGGAAAGGGCUGGAGAUCUUGUGCAGUGACUACAUUGGGUAGGGGUGGUAGUGAUUUGACCGCCACAACCAUUGGUAAAGCACUUGGGUUGCAAGAAUUCAUCCUAUUUUUCAAACAUUUUCAGGUGCGGAAGGAUGUUGAUGGUGUUUUGACAUGUGAUCCUAAUAUAUAUCCACUCGCAGAACCCGUGCCACAUCUAACAUUUGAAGAGGCAGCAGAGCUUGCGUAUUUUGGUGCUCAGGUCCUGCAUCCACAGUCCAUGGGGCCAGCAAGAACCGGUGAUAUUCCUGUUAGGGUUAAGAAUUCUUACAAUCCUAAGGCUCCAGGUACACUCAUCACCAGAACAAGAGAUAUGAGUAAGGCAGUACUAACUAGCAUUGUCGUGAAACGGAAUGUGACCAUGUUGGAUAUUGUAAGCACUCGUAUGCUUGGUCAAUUUGGUUUCCUUGCCAAGGUAAAUGAGCUAUCUGAUAUAUAUAGUGCAUUUUGUCCUGUGGUUGCCUUCAUUGCUUUUCUAAGCUUUAAUGAUGUAUAUGAUAUUGGCACCGUCUAUGGGAAGUUGAUAGACAAAACCUUAUAUUCCCAACUCAUCUGA